GAUGGAUCUAAGGUCAAUGUCCUCUGCAGCAAGGACCAGUCGCCCACAAUUGCAGGAAUGUGCUCCCUCCCCAUGGCAAGAUACUACACAAUUAAGGAUGCAGAUCAGAAGGCUCUAUACUUAAGAGGUGACCAGCUCCUGGUGGGAGAUCCCAAUUUGGACAACUGCUGUGCAGAGAAGAUCUGCAUACUUCCCAACAGAGGCCUGGACCGCACCAAAGUCCCCAUCCUCCUGGGGAUCCAGGGAGGCAGUCGCUGCCUAGCCUGUGUGGAGACAGGAGAGGGUCCUACCCUGCAGCUGGAGGAUGUGAACAUCGAGGAUCUGUACAAGGGUGGUGAAGAAGCCACACGCUUCACCUUCUUCCAGAGAAGCUCGGGCUCAGCCUUCAGGCUUGAGGCCGCGGCCUGGCCUGGCUGGUUUCUCUGUGGCCCAGCUGAGUCCCAGCAGCCAAUACGACUUGUCAAGGAGAGUGAGCCAUUGGCCCACACUGAGUUCUACUUCGAACAGAGUCGGUAG